CGCAGCGCUCACCUCACAGAGUCUCAGCCAAGCCCAGGAGCGCAGACAGAGAGAGAGAGAGAGAGAGAGAGAGGAAGCAAGGAAAAGUUUGCCAAAUGGAUUUCUUUGCUGGAGUCAGACCUUUAUUAUUUUCGUAUGUACUCAUUAACGGCAUACUGAUUACAUUGCAGACUAAAGAGGAGGUUCUUUUGGAUAUGAGGGCAACAGGAGGGGAACUGGGCUGGCUGACAUGGCCCUUAGACCAGGGAGACAAGCCUGGGUGGGAGGUCGUCCAGAGGACUCUGAAUGGCUCCCAGUUCUACACCUACUCCAUCUGUAAUGUCGGUGAACGCGAGCAGGACAACUGGCUGCGCACCACCUUCAUCCAGCGGCGUCCGUCGGCCUCGCGGGUUUUUGUGGAGAUCCAGUUCAUCGUGCGCGACUGCAACUCUUUCGGCGGGGCCUCACUGACCUGCAAAGAAACCUUCAACCUCUUCAUGUCUGAGUCGGACGCAGACGUGGGGACCACCUUCCGCAAGGGCCAGUUUAAGAAAGUGGCCACCAUAGCCCCUGAUGAGAUAACCAGCAAAAACGAACUGCGCAUCAACAGAGAGACGCGAGUGGUGGAAAGCCUGUCUCGAAAGGGCUUCUACUUGGCUUUUCAAGACAUUGGAGCGUGCGCCGCACUGCUCUCUGUCAGGGUCUACUACAAAAGUUGUCCGGCCACAGUGAAGAGCCUUGCGUCGUUCCCCGAGACCGUGGCCGGAGGUGAAAACCAGGCCCUCAGGGAGGUGGCUGGGGUGUGCGUGGACAACGCGCUGAGCGAGGAGUCGCCUCGCAUCUACUGCACCGUGGAUGGGGAGUGGGCGGUGCAGGUUGGACAGUGCCAGUGCCGACCAGGCUAUGAAGAAGUCAAAGAUGCGUGUCAAGAAUGUCAGCCUGGCUUCUUCAAAGCUGACGCAUUCAGUGACAAGUGUGAGCCGUGUCCUGCCAACACCCAGAGGCUCGACCUGGGGGCUUUGUUUUGCCCCUGCAAGGAUGGCUUCUACCGGGCCCCGACCGAUCCCCCGACCGGACCCUGCUCAGGUCUCCCCUCUUCCCCGCGGGACCUCGUGUCCACCACCACGCAGCUCUCCGCGGGAAAACUCCUCCUCUCUUGGAGCCCACCUGAAGACACCGGCGGGCGAACCGACGUCACCUACAGUGUUGAAUGCCAGCGCUGCGAGGGCGACGUGUGCCAGCCGUGCGGAGAGAAGAUCCGCUACGAGCCCGCCAGCGCGGGCCUGACCGACACCAAGGUCUCAGUGAGCGAGCUGGACGCCCACCUCAACUACACCUUCACCGUGGAGGCACACAACGGCGUGUCGCUGUCUGCGAGUCAGGCGACGCCGCGGGCCAAUAGACCACCCUCCACCAGCGCUCUGACUACAUCACUGCACUACACAGAUCCUCCCAAGAUUACCACCAUGCGACUGGUUGAUAGGACCCCCACCAGCCUGUCGCUCUCCUGGGACGUGUCACCCCGAACACGGGUCCAGCCCCGGCCCAUCCGCUACGAACUUACCUACCGCAAGAAGGGUGACAACCUGGAUGUGACUACCUACGUCGUGCACAUGCUGGAGAAGAACUCUGUGCAGAUCAGUGAUCUGGCCCCGGGCACGGCCUACCUGUUCAGGGUGCAGGCCCUCGCCAGCGACGGCAGCCCGGGCGGCUCUAGCAUCGAGGAGCAGUUCGAGACCUCCUCUGAAGGACACCUCUCUCAAAGCAACACAGCAGCCAUUUUCGGUGCAGCCGUCGGCGGAGCGGCCAUGUUGUUCGUCGUGGUUGUGGUCCUGUUCCUGUGCAGACGGAAGAGAAACUCUCACACCAGACAAGGACCAGAGGACACCUACUUCUCCAGCUCAGAGCAAUUGAAGCCUCUGAAGACCUAUGUGGACCCACAUACAUACGAAGACCCCAACAUAGCCGUGCUGAAGUUUGCCACUGAAAUCCACCCCAGCCACAUAACCAAACAGAAAGUGAUUGGAGCUGGGGAGUUCGGAGAGGUGUACCGUGGUAUUCUCAAAGUGCCCGGGAGGAAGGAGGUGGCGGUGGCCAUCAAAACGCUGAAGCCGGGCUACACGGAGAAACAGAGGCAGGACUUUCUGAGCGAGGCGUCCAUCAUGGGCCAGUUCACUCACCAGAACAUCAUUCGCCUCGAGGGGGUGGUCACCAAAUGUAAGGAUUUCUGUAAGUUUUGCUGGGUUUUCUUUUUUUAUUACUUUCCUCAUCAUUUCCUCACAUUUUCCUGGUCAGUUUGGGAACAUAUACAUUUUUUUCAUUGUGUGUGUGCAGUUAAACAUGCCAUGAUCGUGACUGAAUACAUGGAGAAUGGAGCGCUGGACAGGUACCUCAGGGACCACGACGGAGAGUUCAUCUCCUUCCAGCUGGUGGGCAUGCUGCGAGGCAUUGCUGCGGGCAUGAAGUACCUCUCUGACAUGAGCUACGUCCACCGCGACCUGGCUGCCCGCAACAUCCUCGUCAACAACACCCUGGAGUGUAAAGUGUCCGACUUCGGCCUGUCCCGGGUGCUGGAGGACGACCCCGAGGGGACAUACACCACAAGUGGAGGCAAGAUCCCCAUUCGCUGGACAGCUCCAGAGGCAAUAGCGUACAGGAAGUUCACCUCCGCCAGUGAUGUGUGGAGCUUCGGCAUCGUGAUGUGGGAGGUCAUGGCUUUCGGCGAAAGGCCUUACUGGGACAUGAGUAACCACGAGGUGAUGAAGGCUAUCAACGAGGCCUUCAGGCUGCCGGCGCCGAUGGACUGCCCCUCAGCCGUUUACCAGCUGAUGCUGCAGUGUUGGCUUCAGGAUCGCUCCAAGAGGCCACGUUUCGGAGACAUCGUCAGCCUGCUGGACAAGUUGCUGCGGAGCCCGGACUCCCUGAAGACCAUCGCAGACUUUGACCCACGCGUUUCCAUCCGCCUGCCCAGCACCAGCGGCUCGGACGGCUCCCCCUUCAGGUCGGUGUCCGAGUGGCUGGAGUCCAUCAAGAUGAGCCAGUACAGUGAGAACUUCACCUGCGCCGGGAUCGUCACCAUGGAGCAGGUCCUGCAGAUGAAGAACGAGGAUAUCAAGAACAUCGGGGUGAGGCUCCCCGGCCACUUGAAGAGGAUCGCCUACAGCAUCUUGGGUUUAAAGGACCAGACCAGCACCCUGAGUGUGUUUGCAGUGUGAUCCUGGCGACGAAGGGAUUUAAAAAUCGGGCACUGAAGCAGGCAGCCCCUUUGAACUCUGAGCUGAGCUGGAGCAGAACUGCAGGCACGGCGUUGGAUCGGCAAAAACCAAGAGGAGUGUCAUGCCAUCCUCUGGGGCCGACCGAAUCAGACUGACUUACUGUACAUUUUUAUGAUUUCUUCAUCUUAUCCACACGGGAAUGGAGCAAAUACACAGCAAUAGAUGACUCGAUUAGACUCUGUAUAUUUAGAUAUCUAUUUUUAUUACCCAUGUCGUCUGUACAGAUACAAUUCACUGCAUAUGCAUUUAUUUUUUCUCUCUUCAUUUCGCAUUCCGACUCCAUAAGAAAAUCAACAAUCCGGUUCUGGGAACACUGGGCUUGUUCCCUCCAGAGUCAAACAAACAAGGGGAAGCGCAGUUAGUUUGAUAGUAUGGGUGCAGUGGAAUCCAGCUCAGUUUGUGGUCGGUGCUGAUGUCAUGGCGUCUCCCUUUAAUUGGCACUUUGGUCCCCUUUCCUGUUGGACCAAUGAGGACGGAGCGCCAUGAGGGCUGAAAUGAGCUUGAGCUGGCCCCGAUUUAAAGAGACGGUGUUGCUUAGGUGUGUAAACACAGACCGGCCUGGUGUUGUGACUGGAACUUCUGCUGGCUCCACGGCGAGGUAGAGCUAUAAUCAAGCUAUAAUCAUAUAAGUGAUGUUAGGACAUAUAUGAGGUACUCUUUGUGUACAGAUUCACGUUUUUUUCCAUUUUUCUAUGUGUAGGGGGGCGAGUACCAAAAUAAUAUUGCAAACACCAACUUAUAAAUGUAGCACUUGCGUCAAGAAUCACACGAUCUUGGUUUGUCUGAGAAUUGCGAGAAAGAUUUUGACCCCACACAAACUCCUGAACCCAAAGGGAUGGUAUCAAAGUGAGAAAUGAAAAUACGUUUGGGUGCAGCACAUCUGUUCGUAGCGCGCCGGUAAUGAAGAGGGAGACGGUGAGGUUUGCCCCGCCCCCGGGAAUUUUUUAAAAUAAAAAUCACGAUGAGUUUUUUGUUGUGGUUGAAAUGAUUUCAUACUUAACAAUAGUUUGGUUUGCAAUUUCAAUGUUAUUUCAUUCGCGUGUCUGUCGGUUUGAGUAACAUGUCGAGGGGAUGAAACUAAACUGUAGAUGACUCACUAUGCUCUGGACAUUCUGAAGUGUCUGUUUGUGGGAGCAGCAGUUUGCUUCAGUCUCUUUUAGAUGAAAUAGUUCCACGGUGUCGUGGACAGUUUCCCCCCCGGUGCUCUUCUCUUAAUUGAUGACUGCAAAUCAUUGUGUUACUGAUGUGCACCUUCCUUUACUUGAAUUUUUACUGUGUUGAAUUUGUGUCUAUAAUUCUGUUGUAGCUGAUAGAUCCAGUUUUGGAAAAGGGAUUUUUUUGGUUUUGUUAUUAUUCUGCUUAACUGGUUGCAAUUACACUUUGUACAGUUUGUAUGAUUUUCACUAUUUGCCAUAUAACCAAACUGAUUAUUUUUGUAAGUUCCCUUCACUUUCCUCCAAAGCGAUAUCUCCUACUUGUGCUGCCCUUUCCAAACAUUUUGAGAGUUCCCUUCAUCGAAGAGCAAGCUCCCUCCCUUUUUUUUUCUUGUUGUUUUAUACUGUAUUUAAUAGUCUAUUUAUUUUUUACUUUUUAUUUAUUUAUCCUGAUAAACACUGAGCUGGGAUUAUUAUUGAAGGUUGCUCUCUCUCAUUCUUAAUAAUAAUGAUAAUAAUAAAAAAAAAGCUUUAAUGUCCAUCUCUUAUUCUGGAAUUUUUCAAAGCUGAGAUUGCCUUCAUUGCAUUUGUGGAACAAUAAAGCCUUAAAAUAAAUUUUGCAAACGCC